GUUGGAAGGUGUCGGUGGUGGCGGCGGUGAUGCAAUGAGCAGCUUUACUCAGAGUUAACUGUUGGUUGUGAACAGCAGGACUGCAGCUACACCACAGAGCUACAGAUUAACAACCAAAAAAGGGUCAGAGGGAGAAGAUCAGAGGCAGGCUAAUAAACAGCUGGACUGGACUACUGGCUCUCUUGAGCGGAGGAGAAAAGGCCCGCAGCUGGUGAACAACCUGAAGAUGUUGGUCCUGAGGACAUUUGUUCUGCUGGGACUGAGCUGGAUAUCUGAAGCUGCGUCUGGUGAUCCGUGGGGUCAGUGUCCUGUCAACAGAAAGUGUAAAGACAAGUUUGGAGACGGGUCAUGUGACAGAGAGUGUAUGGAGCCCGAGUGUCUCAGAGACGGCUUCGACUGCCUGAAGGACCGGGGACACUGCAAUCCGGGCCAUAUCCAGUAUUGCCGCGAUCACUACGCCAACUCCCACUGCGAGCAGGGCUGUGACAGCGCCCCCUGUGGAUGGGAUGGCAGCGACUGCUUCAAACAUCAGAGCUCUUUGUGGGCCAAGGGGACCCUGGUCCUUCACGCCAACUUCCCACAACAACGUGGGGUCUUCUCCAACAGCUCUCUGCUCUGGGCGCUCAGUGUCCUCCUCCAGUCGCCAUUAACACUGAGAGGAUCCGCCCCCCUCGCCGCUAACAGGAACUUGUUUGACUUCGACCCUAAUCAGCUCUCCAACCUGCUGGCUCAGGCUCCUGCGGCUGACGCUGAUGGCUCCCUUCUCUUCCUCCAAGUGGACAACAGGCCGUGCUCCCGGCUGCCCUCUACCUGUUUCCCCUAUGCCACAGAGGCAGCCAGUUUCCUGCGUGCCGUACUGCUGCUAAAGCCGAGCUUGUUCCCCACCCUACCAGAGCUGAAAACCGUCAUCAGUAUAAGAGGUGUCCGAGAGGAAAUAGGAAGCAGAGAGAAGGAAGUGGUUAAAGAGGAAGUCAAAGAGCCAACUCCUGCAUGGCUGUGGGCUGUGAUAGCUGUAGCGAUUGGCCUGCUGCUGGUGCUGGCCCUGGCUGUGUUCCUGGUGGUGAGGAGGGUGAGGCAGCGGCGGGUGGAGAGGGUAGGCGGUGACAGGGUGAGACACCGGUCCACACUCACAGACAAUGACCAAAAACCCAAGGCCUUGACCCCGCAUGGAGCCCAGCAAGAGCAGAGGUCGAGAUCCAGCAGAGAGAAAGAGAAGCUCGGCUUGAGGAAGAAGAAGAAAGCGAAGGAAGCUGAGAAAAAAAGAAGGAGGGAGCCGCUGGGGGAGGAUGCCAUUCGAAUGCAACCUCUCAAAAGAGACCAGGAUAUAGGAAGUGACACAGAUUUUACCCAGAGUUCAAUGGAAGACAUCAACACGAGAUCUUCCAGGCGACAGGAGGACGCCUCCAUCUGCGACCACAGGACCCAGGAGCAGAAACACUACCGGGGGGGAACAUCGCAGCCCCGCAGACCUGUACAACGUGGAGAUCCACCCUUACUCACCAUUUGUUCUCCUUCAGCUCCACCUAGAGGAUGGGAGAGAGAUGCCAUCCCUCCUCCUCUGCUCAGUCCUCCUCAGCAGUCUGCAGAGUGGUGUGGUCCGGACGGCUCAGUGGUUCUGAUCCGAGCGGUGCGUAGCGGGCUGGACAGAGUCGUUUUGGAGCUGUUGAGAGCAGGAGUGCCAGUCAACAACACCGAUCAUACCGGGAGAUCAGCCCUGCACUGGGCAUGCUCAGUGAACCACCUCUCCCUCACAAGGACCCUCAUCCGCUACGGGUCCGCUGUGGACCUGCAAGACAACAAGGGCGAGACAGCGCUCUUCCUCUCUGCCAUCCAUGGUUGCUAUGAUACGGCCAGACUCCUCCUCCUACACGGGGCCAACCUGGAGCUUCACGAUCGGAGAGGGCGUCGCCCAAUCGACGUGGCCAGAGAGGGCAUCCAUCACCAGAUCCUGGAGCUCCUAUUGGCUCACCAGAUUCAGAGAGGGCCUGUUCCCGUGGACUCGGCCAAUGAGAUGCUGUGGGAGGAGCGCACUCUGAUUUACUCGCCGUGGAUCGGGUCACAGGGCAUUCCUGGAAGAAGUGCCUCCUUCUCCGGGAUCAUAGGGCAUCGAGAUGUGACCCCACCGCCACAAAAUGAUUGGUCGAUGAGCCGGGUGCAGUACCCAUCCCCUCAGAACUGGCGACCACAGCUCAACCAAUCAGCAACAGCGUUGGUCCCUCCAAGAAUCAUGGGCCGCUCUCCUCGGCCAAUCAGCACCUUACAAGAGGUGACCUCAGAAGACGAGGAUCGUGAUAGGAGCCAGGAAGUCCCCAGAGCUGCAACACCUCACUUCCUGUCGCCCCAGCCUGCGCCUCGGCAACGUUCCUUUUCCUGCACCCAGCAUGCAUUGCAGCGUCGCUCCAGUGGCCAUCAGCCAGAGCCCAAUUACAUUAUCGUGACAGACAGAACAGCCAAUGAGCCCGUAGAAAGAGUUGUUGUUUCACCUCGCACAGAUGCUGCCAACCAAUCAGAUCGCCCGCCAGUUGUAAACGGUGAUAUUCCCAGAAGAGCAGAGCAACCAGCGGCAAAUUCAACAAAUCCAGAGCAUAAAUCCAGAGGUGAGAGGUUAAACAACGCUUCUGACUCCACACAAACAGCCUUGUAGAAAACCCAGCUACACAUUUCUGCCCAUUAGAAUAGCAUUGAAGAACACGUGACGAUAAUGACAAUGCAGCAUUAUGACAAAGAGGCACUGAGUUUUAGUUUGGUAUUUUGAGUAUUUUGAGCAAGAGUCCGCAAUCUGCAGGGAGUCCAACCUUGAUUUACUACUGUACUUUUGGGAUUUUGUUAUCCAUUAUGCAUCUGUUGUCGUCUGACUGAUUUGCUUGUUAGAUUUCUUAUUUUUUACAUUUCUGUCAAACUAACACACAGCAGCACUUCUUUCUUAAAUCACCACCCCAGUUUUCACUCAGCCUUGUCUAAAUUAUUAUUAUUAUAUUUUUUACUAGGGAGGAGGAUUUUGUUUUUUGUAAAUAUUAUGUUACAUGAGAUGUCAAAUAAAAAACUGUUCUGAGAUGAACACCAGUCAAACGUGAUGAAUAUCACUGAAACUGCAACAUCUUCUGAAUCUUGUUGACAAAUGUUGUAAUAUAUACAUAUUGUCUUUACAUCAAACAGGUUGUAUUUUGAUUAUUGCAAAGAGAGUCAAAAAUAAAUAAUUAAAAGAAACAUGCGCUUGGUUGCACAAGAAUGUGAGACCUGAUGCAUGCAAUAAAGACUUUUCCAUGCACAUUUA